AUCCAACGACGUGGGAGGGAAGAUCUGUGCAGAAGCAGCAGGAGAGGAAGAAGAAGAGGAAGAGGAGGAGAGAAAAGUAGGAGAUGUAGCUAUACUGCAACCCCUGGAGUCUCACUCAGCACCACUCGCUACUGGACAGCGUCUGAGCCGCAGGAGUUGCUCGAGAAACAGGAGAUUUGUUCAAACCUCGAGCAGCACCGCAUCUGCACAGGGCGCUUUUUUUAUUGCCACCACAACUGACAACACCUCCGAAUUCACACCGGCGUUUUUACUCCCACACACCUGUCUUCUUCUUCUUCUCUCUUUCUUUUUUCAUAUUUCAUCCGUGCGCUUGGUUUUGGCAAGCGGCGUUCAAACAGGAGGCGAGUGCUCACCGGAGCCGGCGCUGCCAAACAAAGACGCAGGAAGAAAAGAAGAAGAAAAAAACAACAACCAAUAACUGGACGGCAUCAGAUAUUGCAGAAGUUAUUUUACUCUACUUUGGGCUCACUUAUAUCAGGAGGACUUAAAGGAGCCUGCUGUGGAACCCACUGGCUCGUCUCAUGACUUUCAGCCUGCUCGAAGGACCAAGAGGAGCGCUAAACGCACCCGAGUGAUCCCGGAGAAGCAGAGAAGAGAGGCCGACUUCCCACCUUUGUUCUUGCCUUGUGAGAAUUCUCUCUGUGGACUCUGUGUCUCAGCUCACCCCGGUGCUGUUUAGUUACUGCCUGAAGCCGCCACUCUGAGGUGCAGGAAGAGAGUGAAACACAGAGGGGAAAGAAGAAAGAAGAAAAAGAGAGCGAGGGUGCAUAAUUAGUACCACUGAGUUUGUGUCAGAGCUAUAAACCAUGAGAAGAGACUUCUGAAGACGGCUGUGCUCUGAAAAAAAUUGCGCCUAACCUUCAGGACAUUUGUGUGUGUGUGUGUGUGUGUGUGGGUACAUGCGUGCACGCCACUUUCUUUUUCAAAGGGCUUGAAUUUGUAUUUGGAUGCAGAUUUAGCCUUUCAUUAUGACUCUGCGAGGAGGCUUUGAGAGAGCGUGGAUUGGCUGCAACAGAGGCGUCUGCUGCUGGGUGUUGCUGCUCACUUGUUAUUUCUCCAUCGCCUUGGCAGCCAAACCCAAAAUGCCAGGCCACACACACCUCAAUUCAGUACGCAUUGAUGGGGACAUAUCUCUAGGUGGGCUGUUCCCAGUGCAUGCGAGGGGAAACGAUGGCAAAGCCUGCGGGGAGUUGAAGAAGGAGAAAGGGAUCCAUAGGCUGGAGGCCAUGUUAUUUGCCCUGGAUCGUAUCAAUAACGACAACGAGCUGCUGCCUAAUAUCACUCUGGGGGCGCGCAUCCUGGACACCUGCUCCCGUGACACCCAUGCUCUGGAGCAGUCGCUGACAUUCGUUCAGGCAUUGAUUGAGAAAGACUCAACCGAUGUCAAGUGUCUCAGUGGAGGGCCGCCCAUCAUCACUAAGCCUGAGAGGGUGGUGGGAGUGAUUGGUGCAUCUGCCAGCUCCGUGUCAAUCAUGGUAGCCAACAUCUUGCGUCUCUUCAAGAUCCCUCAGGUGAGCUACGCCUCCACGGCCCCAGAACUGAGUGAUAACACCCGCUACGACUUCUUCUCCCGGGUGGUGCCUCCAGACACCUACCAGGCCCAGGCCAUGGUGGACAUCGUCAAAGCCAUGCGCUGGAACUACGUCUCCACGGUAGCCUCCGAGGGAAACUACGGAGAAAGUGGUGUUGAUGCGUUUAUUCAGAAGUCCCGAGAGGACGGAGGUCUGUGCAUUUCCCAGUCUGUGAAGAUACCACGUGAACCAAAAACCGGAGAGUUUGACAAGAUCAUUCGCAGGCUGAGUGAGAACCCCAACGCCAGAGUGGUUAUUAUCUUUGCCAACGAGGACGACAUCAGGCGGCUCCUCCAAGCAGCAAAGAAGGCCAAUCAGACCGGACAUUUCAUCUGGGUGGGUUCAGACAGCUGGGGCUCCAAAAUCUCCCCAAUACUGAACCAGGAAGAAAUGGCAGAAGGUGCUGUCACCAUUCUACCCAAACGACAAUCCAUAAAAGGUUUCGAUCGCUACUUCAUCAGCCGGACGCUGGAGAACAACAGAAGGAACAUUUGGUUUGCAGAAUUCUGGGAGAAUAACUUCCAGUGCAAGCUCAGUCGGCACGCUGUGAAGAAAGGAUCCGGCAUCAAAAAAUGCACAAACCAUGAGCGGAUCGGGAAAGACUCGUCCUACGAACAGGAGGGGAAGGUUCAGUUUGUGAUCGACGCGGUUUACGCCAUGGCUCACGCUCUGCAUAACAUGCACAAAGAUCUCUGCCCUGGAAAAGUCGGCCUCUGCCCCAAGAUGGAGAGCAUCAACGGCACACUUCUGCUCAAGUACAUCCGCCAUGUCAACUUCACAGGAAUCGCUGGCACCCCGGUGGUCUUCAACGUGAAUGGAGAUGCUCCUGGUCGCUAUGAAAUCUACCAAUACCAGAUGACAAAUAACGCCACAGAAUACAAGAUCAUUGGCAACUGGACAGAUCAGCUCCACUUAGACACCAAAGAAAUGCAGUGGCCUGGUGCAACGCAAGAAGUCCCGUCCUCUAUAUGCAGCCAGCCCUGCCGGCCCGGGCAGCGCAAGAAGACGGUGAAGGGGAUCCCGUGCUGUUGGCACUGUGAGAACUGUGACGGUUACCAGUAUCAGGCCGACACGUACACCUGCAAGAUGUGCCGCUUCGAUUUGCGACCUAACACCAACAACACUGGCUGCGACCCCAUUCCCAUUGUGAAGCUGGAGUGGAGCUCCGGGUGGGCUGUGAUCCCCGUCCUCAUUGCUGUCCUGGGCAUCAUGGCCACUCUGUUCGUCGUCAUCACCUUCGUGCGCUACAACGACACGCCAAUCGUGAAGGCGUCGGGUCGAGAGCUGAGCUAUGUGCUGCUGACUGGCAUCUUUCUGUGCUAUGCCACCACGUUCCUCAUGAUCUCCUCUCCAGAUGUGGUGAUUUGCUCCCUGCGGAGGAUUUUCCUGGGCCUGGGUAUGAGCAUAAGCUACGCGGCACUGCUCACCAAGACCAAUCGGAUCUACAGGAUUUUUGAGCAGGGCAAGAUGUCGGUCAGCGCCCCUCGGUUCAUCUCCCCGGCCUCCCAGCUAGUCCUCACAUUCACCCUGAUAUCGGUGCAGCUCCUCGGGGUGUGCAUCUGGUUUGGCGUGGACCCGUCGCAGGCCAUCAUCGACUACGAGGAUCAGCGCACGUCCAAUCCCAAAAUGGCCCGUGGCGUUCUGAAAUGUGACAUAUCAGACCUGUCCCUCAUCUGUCUGCUGGGUUACAGCAUGCUGCUGAUGGUCACCUGCACAGUUUACGCCAUCAAGACCAGGGGGGUCCCCGAGACGUUCAACGAGGCCAAGCCCAUCGGCUUCACCAUGUACACCACCUGCAUCGUGUGGCUCGCCUUCAUCCCCAUCUUCUUCGGGACCUCGCAAUCAGCAGAAAAGAUGUACAUCCAGACCACAACCCUGACCAUCUCCGUGAGCCUCAGUGCGUCAGUCUCUCUGGGAAUGCUCUACAUGCCCAAGGUCUACGUGGUUCUCUUCCAUCCGGAGCAGAACGUACCAAAGCGAAAGCGCAGCCUGAAAGCUGUGGUCACUGCAGCCACUAUGUCCAACAAGUUCAACCCCAAAGGCGGCCUGAGGCCCAAUGGAGAGGCCAAGUCUGAACUCUGUGAAAGUCUUGAAACACAAGCGUUGGCUUCCAAGCAGACAUACAUAAGCUACAGUAACCAUGCCAUCUAAGCCAGGGAUGAACAGAGGAGGCGGAGCCAGGGCCUGCCUGAGGAGAAAUCACCUGAUUCUGGGGAAGACUUCCAAAGCUGCAACAGCAGAGAAGAACUGGGGUGGAAAGAUGGGAAUUUGCCACUCCAUGAAUAGAAUGGAUGUCAUAUUUUUUUUAGAGAAUCAGGUAAAGGCUUAAAUGGCGAGUUUAUGAGAAAUUAGUAGUUUUGCAGGAGGGAGAUGUGUAAGGGAGAUUGGACAGUUACUUUUCCUCUUCCCACCCUUUCUGAGACACACGUGAGCGUUGACGUCUCCAGAUGAACCACCCGGCGUCUACACUAUGUUUUCCUUCUGAAGUGUAAAGCACACAAUUUUCUGAUCUGAGGCUGAAUCGUUUGUCUAUAAAAACAGGGGGGGGGGGGGUUCUGUUUUUCACUCAAGUCAAACGAAAGCUGCAGUACUCUUCAAACUGUACAUGCCUUACUACAGCACAUCCAGUGACAUCCUACAUGAGUUAUAACCAUAUCUGAAACACCUGGAAAAUAAAGCAGUGGGUCAUCCCAGUUUUUUCUUUUGGAUAAAUGUUUCAUAAAAAUAAUGAUGAUGAUGCCAUCGCCUUGGCAAACCUAGUGUACAGUCCCAGAGCAUGCUUGUGGGAGCGUCACGUGUACUGUGCUGUGUUGUCAACGUCUUUGGAAUGCAACAUUUGUCAUGGUCGUCAUUCACAGUGGAGAUGUCACUUUGGACCAUUACCCACUGGGUUACCCUCUGCUGAAUCUAAAAGAAGGAGCUAAUCCAAACGCAACAUUGCAGUGGAAUACCUUCACAGUUCACACCUCACUUCAUUACUGUCAGCCGGGACCUAAAGACUUGUUGAUGCAUACUUUAAGCAUCCCAGAUUUACUGGCCUUUAUUUAUCAUGCGCUUGUUGAAGCCUUUGCCAAUUCGAGGAGUUGAAUGAUCGUGAGUGUUGAUAUUUUGUUAAACUUUCAGCCCAGCUAAUAUUCAAAAAGGUACAAUUCCUGACAAAAUAACAACACAUUUGCAUUUGGCAUUCCUUCCAAUAAAUUACACCAACUGUUAUUUCAAUAUUAUCCUGUGUUUUCUAUAUUUGUGUAUAUUAAUGUUUGAAGAUAUACGAUUUACAAAAAUGUGUUCAUCAUUUUUAUAGCAGCGGAGCUGGAAUAACCGUCUAUUCUGUCACUUAACAGUUGAUUUGUGACGAAUAAAACUACACAUCAGUCCGCUGUCGUACCAGAUAUAUAUUAAAGCUUACAGUAUGAUGGAUUACACAGGCCAGUAUUACAUGGGGACCUCUUAUGAUUAGUGAUAGAUGCACACGUAAUCUGUGUUCCCGGCAAAGGAUUUUAUUCCCUUUCUGAGUCAUGAAUUUCACGGCCACAGUGGAAAUUGCUAAUGAGAGUUUUAAUAGUAUUUUGGGUACAAAAUUAGGCUCAUGCAGCUACUCAGCAUGAAGACCCAUUUGGAAAAGGUGCAAACCUUUGAAAUGUUCAAAGAUAAUUAAAUGGAGGACAUGCAAAAUAUCUCUGUGUUUUACCUUUCAACACACCCAAUAUGACCAUUUUAGGGUUGACACUAGCUCUGUUUAAAUAUUCCCCACAAUCCUAAAGAAUAGUAUUUUGGUAAAUGUCAGAUUUUCACAGAUAAAAUCAUGAAUCACUUAAUUUAGCCUGUGUUAAGUGACAGGGAUGCUAAUACAUCUACAACUCUAUGCAGCUUUUAGGUUCAUUCAUCUAUACAUUUCUUUAAAUUGAUAAUCCCUGCUCAUUCUGUCUAAUAUACAUUAUCCAUUUUGAGAUGAAAAGGGGGAAUGUACAGCUACUUGAUAAAUAAAGGCCAGUGCCUUCAUUCUGUGCCUCGUUUCCAUUAAACUACUCCUGCCAUUCUUUCCAUGGAUCCUUCAUGGUGUCGUUUCAUGUUGCAUCCAUUACCUUUCAAGUGUGUUCUGUUCAAACAUCAGCAAAAGUGGACUCAGUGUACAAUUUAUAAUGAAGUGUGUAAACUCCAUUUCUGUCCCAAGUCUCCAAAGUAUUUGCCUCUGGAAUUUCUCUCAUUUAAAUGUCAUCCUCAGCGAUGCAAAAAUAUGUAUGUUGCAUGUCAAAACUCAUAACAAGUCAUGUGAACAAUCUGAGAGGAAUGGUGUAAUGUCCAGAAGGAAAACUACUGCAGAGGAUUAUAAAUAACUAAUACUUUGGUUUGAAUCAAUGAUUCUCUCAGCUUCAACAAAAGUCGACGGUGUUGCCGCAAAUGUUGUUUUCUCAUCAGUUGAUAAAGUAUUGUUUGUGGGAUUGUUUGUGUUUGUGAAUAUGAUAAUUUACCGCUUUUUUUUGCCACAACCCCCCCUACCUCCCCUUUAUUUUUCUAAAACACUUUGUCUGUUACAAAAAUAGAAUAUGUAAGUGCUGACUGAAACUAAGUGGCAAGUUAAUGUAUGUUAUUACAAUGGAUUGAUCCUGUCUGCUUUAUGUACUGAAAUAUCAAAAAAAAGAAAGAUAAAAAAAGAAAUACAGUGCCUGGAUAUUUAUGAAUUGUCUAUAGAAAAAAAUUACAAUGUGUAGAGCAUGUUCAUUUUUAUACAAGAUAUUUCUAAUAAAAGACUGUUUUGCUAAUACAGUGUGGCCGCGUCUUCUUAUUAAGCAUGUGUUACAAAGAAAA